AUGUCUACCUUCGAACCAGUGCACUUUGUGCCUGCUAUUCGUCGACCACAGAUUUUGAAAUUACCGGUGCAGCGCAUCCUCGCCGUUGCACAUGAAAAGAUUGAUGGCCCCACAAAUCACUGGUGUAUUUACCUCUCGACGUCCGAUGACACCUCAAUUCGAGUUGAUUGUCAGCCAAGUCACAGCGUGCCAAGCACUGUGAUUCGAGGAGGCUCCAAAGCUAACCUGGUUAUAUCUGAAUUAUCAUCUGCAACGUCGCCCGAUACUCAAACCCGAUUUGUCAUCGAUGUCGUUCCUGGUAUAUCUGUUGAGAAGAUCAUGGAUGUAAUCGUGGACAGCGGGAAGCACAAAUACGAAUUCGAUGAGCAGGGGGUUGGAUGCAGGUACUGGACAACUGAUCUGAUUGAUCUCAUUCAUGAGCAGGGGAUUACCACCAAUGCAUCACAAAUUUUAGAUGCGAAAGCUGGUAUUCUAACGUUGUGGCCUGAUGAGACGCCCCUGCCUCUUGAUCAAGGGGCUUAUUAUCAGUGA